AUGAAUUUCCAUGACGCAGCACUGGAUUUAGAAGGACUGCAGCAACGGCUAAGUAGCAUUCGAGAAGAUUUUUGCAUCACUGCAGUCAAUGCAGCUAAAGUUCUGUGUGAAAAAUUGGGAAUUAGGAUAGAAGGAAGAAUUAAACGUGGAAAACAGAUGCCUGGUGAAAAUGCUGGUGAUGCAGGACUCGCUGCGGUUGAAGAAAUAACUCGCAUUAUGAAAUCAGUUAUUGAUAGACUAAUCCAGGAGAUGACAACACGAUUUGGUCGUCUGAGGACGUUAGAUGAAAAGUUUGGAUUUCUAUUCAACAUCAGCAAAUUGUUUGCUAAUGAUACCUCUAAUGAUAUUCAACAGCACUGUGCUACGCUGGCUGACUUUUAUAAAACUGAUAUCGAUGGAACUGAACUGUUCGUAGAAAUCAGUGACUGCAGUAUGUUGCUGAAAACCCGGCCAGAUGCUACCAAUGCUACCCCAAGCAGCCCAUUAGAAUUACUUUCAUUUAUUAUUUCAUAUGGCAAUGACAUAUUUCCAAACUUGCGAAUUGUUUUGCAAAUUAUGCUGACAAUCUCUGUGUCAGUUGCUAGCUGUGAGCGUUCUUUUAGUAAACUAAAAAUCAUUUUAACUUAUUUGAGAGCUUCAAUGGGUCAGGAGCGUCUGUCAGACUUGGCAUUGCAAAGCAUAGAAAAGGAGCUGAUCGAAACAAUUAAUUUUGAUGAUGUCAUUGACAACUUUGCUAGUGCAAGAUCACGAAAAGUAGUUCUAUAA